CCAGAGUCCAGAGCACCGGCGAUGGCUGCGGCGAAGCAGGGAACGGCGACGCCGCUGGGGGCAGUGUUCUCGCCGGAUGAUACGAGGAGGGCCGUGUCCCGUGUCGCCCAGGCCGUCGCCGACCGCCGCGCCGAGCUCGCCCGCGUCCAGGGCUUCUUCGCCGACAACGCCGCCCUCGUCUCCCUCGUCCAGCGCCUCCCCGACGAGCUCUCCCACCAAAUCAUGGUUCCCUUUGGCGGCGCCGCGUUUUUUCCAGGCAGCUUGAUCCACACGAAUCAACUCAUGGUGCUUCUAGGGGAUGGGUACUAUGCUGAUAGGUCAGCCAAGCAGACGACCGAGAUACUGCACAGGAGGGGAAUGGAGUUGGAGACUCAAAUGGAAGCGAUCAAGGCAACCAUCUCGGACCUUGAGGCUGAGGCCAAGUUCUUCGAGUCCACUGCCGCUGAGGCUUCUGAGGGUCUUGUUGAGAUCAGGGAAGAAUAUGACGAAGAAGCCGAAAUAAAUCCAUCAAAAUCAGAAGCUUCAAGUUCUUCUGGGACAUUAUCAGAUGAGGAACAUGCUCGAAUCAUGGCGAGGUUUGACGAACUUGAAAUGUUAGAAAAGGAAGCUGGAAGUUCUUCAGAAGAUGAAGAAGAGGAAGAGGAAGAUGAUGACGACGACGAUGAUGAUGAUGAAGGUGCUGGAACAAAUGAGGAUGACGAGGAAAACUUGGAUACAUUAAGUGAUGGAAAUGAUCACGAUAAUGUUGGUUUUGGUGCCUCAGUUUCUGGGAGUGGAGCUAAUGACCGGAGUCAAGGAAAUGCCCAGCUGAAGAGUGCACUAAAGAAGCUAGGAGGAAAGAAAAUGCUGAAAGGUGCUUCUGUUGCACCAUCAGCCAGUUCCUCUAUAAUCAACUCUGAAGUUCGGGCUCCGCUUAGAAAAGCUGUUUCUUUUAAGGAUGAAAACGGGAAUAUAGUUAGUUCGUCGAAGUCUCUCUCGCGACAGGAUCCAAAAUACUCUGCUGAGUCUUCUCAUGAACGAAAGAUAAUAUCAAGUGGACAAAAGGCUUUCACAGGAUCUAUCGUUGAACACGACGAUAACCUUUCAGUGAUUCAACUGCCAAAGAACAAUGAUAGUGAGAAACCUGGUAGUUCUGCUCCGUCAAGGCCUGUAUCUAGAUUCAAGAUGCAACAGGGAGGGCGUUGAGUCUCUUUGAGACUAGAAAGGACGCAAAAUUGAUUAACCACAUGGUCGUUGGCAAGAACGGCAUUGGCAACAACUAGUAUCACCUUUGAGAGAUGCUAUGCCACAUCAAGAUUGUUUUUGUGGGUGCCAAUGCACGGGAAAGGAGACAGAACUGUCGAUAUACUAAAUGUAUGGCAAUGGCUAAGAGCUCAAGAUAUCUGUAUCUGUUUCGGAUUGACAGCUGCCAACACUGACAAAUACUUAUCAUGUCAGCUUGUGAAAACUUAACUGUAUGGAAUGAGACUCCUACCGUUCACUGG